AUGAUCAUUUGGAAAAUAUAUCCAAUCUUUUUGUACCAUUUGGUUCUCUAUUCGUUUUUUCCAUGCACAACAACUAAGGGAAACAGGCCAUCAGGUCUCCUCUUAAGUGAUGAAAACAUAAACAAAGUUUUAUCUAUUAAUCAUAUUGAUAACUUUGAUAAUUAUCUAAAAAUUAUUAAGUUCCAAUAUGACAUGACAGAAAUAGCAAAGGAACACUUUAAAAAAAUCACUAGCCAAGAAAGACAACAUCUUCUAAAUUCCAAGGACAUUUUGGUUCAAGUUCUUAAAGAAAAUGCAGAAAACUAUAAAUUAGACAUGCCACAAGAGUGUGUGCAACAUACGGCUGAGUACAUCCUCCAUGAAUUAAAUCGAACAUAUGAAGCGCAAAAAUUAGAACAGGUAGUGUUUGAUACAUAUUGUGAUUUCUACAGAAAGGAGUAUUAUGAAUAUAGAGAUAGACAAUUUAAUGCAGCCUUUGAAAAUGCUCAUAGUAAUUGGGCUAAUAACCAAUUAACAAAAAAUUUUGAUGCCCAAUGGAAAAAAGUCAAAUGGAAUAUAUGGGUCGAUUAUUUUAAUGAUAUUUUGCAUACUCUAAAAAUUAAGGAUUACAUGCUACAUGCCUCAAUUCUGCAUUUACAAACUAAUUCUAGUUUAUGCAAGGACAUCUAUGAUGCUUUAAAAAUCUCAUUAAUUAAAACCUAUACAAAUCCUUUCAAACAGGAGUACUACAAAUUUCUGAAUUCAUCUGUGGAGGAAUCGGAACAACAAAAGAAGAAUUAA